CAGAGCUUCAUGCAGCUCCCCCUCCGUUGGCUUAUGAGGUCAUCGAUCCAGACCGGGCUGCUGCACUCCUUUUUGACAGUUGCACUGCAAGACUCUUCAGGAGUUCUGUGAAAAUGGUUGUUCCUGGGAGUGCCCCUGUCAUUCAGCAAGACCAUAGUCUUGGAACAGAGCUGGGAAGAGGUUCAACAGAAGGUUCUUCAAUGGGUCCAGAUGCAGAACCAAUGGCCGAUCAAGUGGGCCCAGAACUGGAGGAGGUCCGGAAGCUGCAGGAACUUGUCAGAAGACUUGAGCUCCAGAAUCAGCAGUUGAGAACUAGAAGCCUCCGAAGUGUGCCAGAGGCAAAACUGCUGAGCCAGACUGACGCUGGAGUGGAUAAUUGCAAUUCCAGGCUCAAUGGAAUGGAAAUGAAUAAUAGCAUCAACGCUCUGAUGGAUAAGCAAGAGCUGCAAAUAGUGGCAGACCUGCACUCAGCACUAAGUAAAAUGAAGUCAGAAGUGGAAGAGAGGGAAGAAUGUCUGAAAAAAGGUGUAGAGGCCACAGUGCAGCAUAGCUGUGCCACUGCUUCUGGGAAAGAGUCUUCCAAUGCACAGUUUGUGAGCAGUACAAAAAAGCAGAGCAACGAUGAUAAUACCAGUGGCUUAUCCAGUUGGGACUGUAGCAGCGCAGUGCAGGUGGAAAACUUCACCAUCAGAGGUGUUGAGCCAAUACUGAGAAUGAGUGAAGAGAGUACAGAUGUAGAAGACCUUUUGAACGAGACAGCUCUGGAUGAGGUAGAAGUGCUAGAGCUUGAGAAUGGGACUGAUGAAGAGGACUGCUGGCUGUAUGUCUCACCAAGGAAGGCAUCUGUAGAUGAAAAGGAGUCUCCCCUGAAAUGGUGCCGGCAGGUGUUGGAUCACCCUAGCCCUGAGACAGAAGCAGCAUGCCGUACCCUCAUCAGUAGGCUUGACCAAGCCAGUAGGUGGAAAUCCCUGUAUUGCAGUCCACUGGCGUCUCCAAGUGUGCAUAACUUGAAUACAGACUCAGGGUCCUGUAGUAAUGCACUAAACUCUCCUGGGCACUACAAAUCAACUAACAAAUCGCUACUAACCUGUGGCAGCUCAGGUUAUUUGAGUAUGCAUUCAGCAUUAAGCUCUCAGUCCUCUGUUGAAAGUGAACUCAGUACGUCAGAUGACUCCAUAUCAAUGGGAUACAAACUGCAGGAUUUGACUGAUGUCCAAGUUAUGGCCCGCCUACAGGAAGAAAGUCUCCGUCAGGACUGCGCCUCCAGCUCUGCCUCCGUUUCUCGCCGCAGCUCCAGUGCCUCCUUGCAUUCUUUGCGCAGAGGCACCUACAGUGACCAGGACUUCGACACCUACAGUUUGGAGGAUGAAGAUGACGACUGUUCCCUUUCCUAUCACAGCAGAUAUUCCCCAUCCCCCCUCAGCUCCCCCCGGUGCCAGUCCCCAUCCACAAACGCAGACUACGGCAGGGUGACGGGCACCCGGAUUCGGCCCCCACGGAGAAACAUGCAAAGUUCUAUGCAAGACAAGCUGAAAUACUCUGGGAACGAAGAGGAGCUGCGGCACAGCAUGCCUAACCUGGCCAGAACAGGCCUGCGUUCCUUGGAGUCUGUAAGGAACAGCCGCAGCUUGGAGUCAGAUCUCCAGGUUCCUGGUAACCGUCUCUCCAGAAUCCAACAACCAGCAGGCAGUCUGGCACCAAGCAAGCUGCGCUAUUCCUCUGGUGCUGGGCAGUCUCCCUUAACAGUCCGACAGCCAAUGAAAGCGGGCUCCUGUGCAAACACUCUCCUACCACCACGACAGCCUGUUAGAGCUACUGGUUACGCCAGUCCUACUGGAAGAGUUCGAAAGCUGCCGUCUUCCACCCUCAACCCAGGUUCUGCAGGCACUAGCGGUUCUAUGGCUAGAAGCAGUUGUGUAGCCACCGGAGCAAAGAAUUCCCUGGCUAAAACCCGAACAUCUGCAGGGGGAGCAAUGGCUCCAAAGAGCAAGCUGAACCAGCCAGCCAAGAGCAGAUUUCCAAAGGCCAGUGUUUCCAUUGAUGACUCUUGGAAGGAUGGGUGUUACUGAGCCAAUGUGAAGAAAUGCUGACCAACACCCAGAUGUUGAUGAGGAGGUAGGUAGACCGAAGCCCAGCUGGCUGGGCAGAAGGUUGUGGAAACUCCCAUUCCCUCACUACCGGACUUGACCAACUCGGACAAUCUUUACUUGAACUCAGACCUCCUCUUGCCUUUGCUUUGACUUGAUGGUGGAAAUGGACUGCCUUUUUGUUCCUGCUGUUAUGUUCUUGCUGCU